AUGAUCUACGCCGCCAACGUCACCGCCGCCAAGGCCUUCGCGGGCAAGAAGGUCGCCCACCGCACCCGCCUGCAGCAGCGCGCCUCGGCCCGCGCCUCCCUCAAGGUGUCUGCCUUCAAGAUCACCCUGAAGACCCCCGACGGGGAGCAGGUGAUCGAGUGCGACGAGGACACGUUCAUCCUCGACGCCGCGGAGGAGGCCGGCAUCGACCUGCCCUACUCGUGCCGCUCCGGGUCGUGCUCGUCGUGCGCGGGCAAGAUCAUCUCGGGCGAGAUCGACCAGUCCGACCAGACCAUGCUGGACGACGACCAGGUCGCCGCCGGGUUCUCGCUGCUCUGCGUCGCGUACCCGUGCUCGGACGUCGUCGUCGAGACCCACAAGGAGGAGGACGUCAUGGGCUAA